GGUAGCCUGUGGGUAGGUUAAUUUUGUUGCAGGUUUACAGUGAAUCGAAGAAAUGAUGAGGCUGGAUUUUUUCUAGCUAUUUAAGUCUAAUAUGAAGAGAACUUCGCUUCGGCAUUGUAAUAAAAAUUUGCAUUCUCAUAUUUUUUUUUUAGUUUUUAUAAGUGGUAAUGGGUCAAACCUCUCAAACUAAUAAUUAUUAAAUACAUUUGUAUUGUAUUGCAAUAUUGUAGUUUAUAGUUUGGGACAUUAAAUAUUUGAGGACACUAAAUCGUUUUUUCAUUAUUAGCGAGCUAAAUGGCCCGUGUAAGUACCAAAAACUUGGAGGCACACAGGAAUCGGAGUGAGAUUACGGACGUCGCUUUUCAGGAAAACGGGUCAAAUAUUCGAUAUCUAUCGCCAGCAGUCGAAAAGAGAAACCGUGCAGCACGGAAAUAUAGAGCCGUUAUAUAAUUUUGUUGUAGUGUGUAUAGUAAACAGUAGGGCGUAAGAAGUUAGCGACCUUGUUAGUUAUAUUGGUCAAAAUAAAUUUCCAGUUUCGUGGAAUGAUGAUGAGUGAUUAAUUUCAUUGUCGCCUUUGACGAACUAGAACCAUUUUUGUCGAUUUAAACACGCAACAAUACUAUAAAGUUUUUGAGCUAGGGUGAAAGCGGUGUAAUUAUUGCGACAUUGGUAAAUGGCUGCUGAAAAUUGCAUACAUCUUUAAAAAAUUGAUAUUUUUACACGAGUUCCCCAAUGUUUGAUCAGCUAUUAUCUUAUAAUUGAUAAACUAAAGAUCGAUUCCUUUGGAAAGCAGUUACUGACAUUGCUAACGUGCUCUUGACAUAAUUUGAUAUAGAUCAAAGUCGGUCCCUCAACGGGCCGCAACAAAAUGGCCUUUUAUGGGAAUAAUCCCGUAAAAAUGCAUUUAAAGGAUUUAUCGGAUUUAUACGGAGAGAAACUCCAUAUUAGCAAUGUAAUCAGUUUAAGGAGUCCUAGAUAUCAAGAUAUUACGAAAAGAAUGGCUUUAGAUGAAAACGACGGGAGAAUUAUUGAUAAACAUGACCAGUUUUAUAGGGAUCACAAGUUGCUACUCACUUUGUUUAGAGUUUUAGGAGUCAUGCCGGUGCAACGUGGGCAGAUCGGUAAGAUCACUUUCGGCUGGUUGAGCAGUCCAAUGAUAUACGCAUACAUAUUUUACGUAGCGACCACGGCUUUGGUACUUAAUGUCGGCUACGAAAGAUUGGAUAUUCUAUUGAACAAAAGCAAAAAAUUCGAUGAGUACAUUUAUUCCAUCAUUUUCAUAGUGUUUUUGAUACCCCACUUUACGAUACCGUACGUGGGCUGGAGCGUCGCGUACGAAGUGUGCGACUACAAGAAUUUUUGGGGGAAAUUCCAAUUGGACUAUUAUAAAAUCACUGGUAAAGACAUGGAAUUUCCCUAUUUGAGCACCCUUAUAGGCGUCAUUAGUUUGGGUUGUCUCUUUUUGGCAUCAGGUUUUUUGUUAACACUAAGCGCAUUGCUGGAAGGGUUUACCCUUUAUCACACUACUGCUUAUUUGCAUGUGGUAACGACAAUAAAUAUGAACUGUGCUUUGUGGUACAUCAAUUGCAGGGCGAUAGGCAAUGCCAGUACCGCAGUCGCUGAAAGCUUUAAAAAGGACGUUGACCAAUAUUGUACGUCGUACAUAAUAAAAUACUACAGAUGUCUGUGGUUGGAGUUAAGCGAUGUGCUUCAAAAGCUUGGGAAUGCUUACGCAAGAACCUAUUCUACUUACUGUUUACUUAUGAUGACUAAUAUUACGGUGUCGGUUUACGGGUUUACGUCUGAAGUUGUCGACCAUGGCUUGAAAUUCACGUUCAAAGAAGUUGGGCUAUUGGUUGACGCCGUUUACUGUUUUACGCUGUUGUAUAUAUUUUGCGAUUGUUCCCAUUAUGCGUCUUCUAACAUAUCGGACAGAGUUCAGUGGUGUUUGAUGGACUUGAAAUUGAAUACCGUUGAUCAGGCCACCGCAAAGGAAGUUCAACUCUUCUUGGCGGCAAUCCACAUGAACCCUCCAAAAGUGUCAUUACGGGGGUAUGCAGUGGUCAAUAGACAACUUUUGUCAUCGGGCAUAGCUACCAUUGCAAUUUAUCUGAUCGUACUGUUGCAGUUCAAAAUAAGUCUUGUCAAUCUUACGAGUUAAUCAAAAACUGUUGGUAUAUACGUAAUAUUUAUGUUAUGAACCUGGCAUUUUAUUUAAAGAAUACACAAAAGGCCACUUUAAUCACGAGUUUGAUUUGCUAAAUCAGUGACAAUGGAUCAAAAUAUUAUAUGAUUCAUUUUAUUGUUGCAUAUCCAGGCAGCCAUAUGGGCCACUACACCAAAGCAAAAAAAUCAAUUAUGAAAUUCUGAAUAGCGAUUUGCAAGUUACCUAUAUAAAUAGUAAAAGUUAUCUUCGACCAGUGUAAAGAAGCCCAAUUUUCCUUUCUAUUGUUGUUAUAUCCUCAAUUUUUUAUUGUUAGAUUUCUCGAAGGAAAAACUUCUUUGGUGUUGCCAUGUUCUUAUUUAAGAUUCAACGCUUUCUUGUAGAUGUGACACCAAUAGUUAGUUUUAUGUUUAUUUUAUAAUUAUUUAAGAGUAGUUAUUUGCAAGAUGCAUAAAGGUAAUUUUACUUCCCUACGUAAGCGGUUGCAAAAAAGCGCGAUUUUUUGUAAAUGACUGCCAAAAAAAACGAUCUUAAGAAGGCGUUUAAGAAAGGUUUAAUGCAUCUUGUUGAA